AUAGCGCGAUCGUAUAAAGCGGAUCGAAUGAACUUUUGUCCGUAUUUAUUGCUAAAAAAUAAAAGUCCUCUUAACACAUAAUGAUAAAUCAUAUUACCGAUAAAUGGCAAAAGAACAAAAAAAAAAUUGGAACAUUGAUUUAUCGGUCGAUUAUCGCCCAGCCCAAGUCCGCUCCGUGACGACGUUGCGGCGACAAAAUUCGAGAUCAAUAAAGAUUGCGACGGCGUCGCGCAUGACUGAAUUGUCUUGCGAAUUGUAACAAUCUUGAGGUUAUGAUGACGACCGGGGCCAGGUUGAUUCCAGUUGAUUCUGUCUUCUAGCUCGCGCGAAGUCCGUACAAACGUAAGCGACACAGUGACAGUCCUCGAUUAAGAAGCACGACGAUGUUCGAGGGGGCUAUAGCGGCAUUUUUGAACCGCCUGCUGGGCAGGUAUGUGGAGGACCUAGACACGGAGCAGUUUAACGUCGGUAUUUUCUCCGGGGAUACAUGCCUCACCGAUCUGAAAUUGAAGCCAGAGGCUUUGUAUCAACUGGGAUUACCUAUUAGAGUAGAAAUUGGCCUGAUAGGGAAAAUUAUUUUGAAAAUACCAUGGUCUGGACUCUUCUCGCAACCUAUUGUGAUAUGCAUAGAGGACAUAUACGCAGUUGCAGUACCUGCAUUAUCUGGUCCUUACGACCCAGAGAUACAGAAACGUUUAAUAAGAGCCGAGAAAAAGAAGAUACUUGAGGAUUUAAAGGAUGAUGAAAUAUUUAGAGCUGGUCUACCUCCUCAACUAUUUGAUGGUUUAUUGGCGUCAGUUACAAAGAACUUCCAAAUUACUAUAAAUAAUGUACAUAUUAGAUAUGAAGAGAAGAUUUUGCGCAAUUUCCUCUGUGCCUGUGGUAUAUGUAUACAAAGUAUAUCGAUAACAACUACAAACAACAAAUGGAAGCCUGGAGUAUGCGCCACGAAUUCGCAGACUGUGUACCAGCUUAUACGCGCAGAAUCACUCAGUGUGUACAUGGACCAUGAUACGGAAUCCUGUAUAAAUGUUCCGUGUAAUUGGGACAUGCCUAAUCUUUUCGCAUGGAAGAGCGCGAUGCAUCGAGCCCUGCAGACAUUCGGGAUGAAGAAUAAAGACUUUCAGUUUCUGUUAAAGCCUUUCACAGCCAAGAUCAAGGUCAUUAUACACAAAGGCACAGAGACACAAGCUUCUCGUAUGCUAGUCGAUAUUGUUCUGCAAGACGUGGCGAUGCAACUGUCGGAGGCGCAAUAUGCCACAUUUUGUCACAUCCACGACUCCUUAUUGCGAGCGAUAAUUAACAGGCCACAUCUGAAAUUUCGCCCUGAGAGGAGCGUGUACGAGGAACCGUCGUCUUGGUGGAAAUACGCGUACAAUUCUAUUUUGAAUUAUUAUGUCAAACCGUACACUUGGUCGCACAUUGUCGAGCACAGGCAAAAUUACCGGAAGUACAAAGAGGCGUGUAUCCAAAGUCUGCAACGACCGAACGAUACCGAGCUGAAGUUGGACCUGCAGAAGUACCAGGACAGUCUGACAAUACUAAAUAUCGUGAUAGCAAGAGAGCACGCUAGGCAAGAAUUGCGAAAUAAGGAUAUCGAGCGCGAGUGCCAAAUCAUCGCAGCGAGUCCUUCGAAGGACGUCAGCGCAGAGAGCAUAUUAACGAGCAACGACGAGAUGCAGAAUGCAGCAACGGACCACAGUAAAAGCGAAAGUCAAAAGUUGUCGAUAGAUGUAGCGGAAAAUUCAUCCAGCUCCAAAACGAAAUUAGAGAAAUUAGAGAAAACGCUGAAGCAAAUCGAUUACAAAUUAAACUUUACUUUGGCGAAUUGUUGCCUUAGUCUUCUGAACAAGGGUAAAGAGAUGCUGGUCGUGACAGUCGCGCAGUUCCUCACUAGCAUCGAGGCACGACCUACGUUGUUAGCUUUCAAGAUUUCCGCUCGCGCUGAAAGUUUUGUCAUCGAAGCUAUAUCAUCCGAUGGUGAUUUGAUUCCUCUGGUUACGGUGGAUAAUGUGUUAACAGGAAACGUAUCGACAUAUUUCUUGGCGAUAGAUUUCGAGAAGAAUAGACUGAACAUGGAUCCUAUUUUUGAAGUAUCUAUAAAACUGGAGGCUAUCGAAGUGACUUAUCAUCAUUUCGCUAUGGUGGAGAUGAUCAACUUCUUCAAAUUUAACAUCAGUUACAUCCACGACACAGUCCUCGGAUUGUACAAAUUGUGGGAUUACAUCACGAGAAAAUAUCUGAGCUUCAUAGACGACAUCGUUUCGCAGACGUUGAGGAUCAGCUUCAAGAUAGACAUCAAAAGCCCGUACAUUAUAUUCCCCGAAUACGGAUCGAUUCAGAAAGGAGGACACAUACUCGUCUUGGAUCUCGGCAACAUCACGUUGACGAAUGAACUUCAAGCGACGAAUCUGCAAUUGGAGGAUGCCACGCUGAUGGAGUUGGAGGAAUUGCUGUAUGACCGACUCAACAUGAUAUUCUCCGGCGCGCAAAUUUUGUUCUGUCAUUCGGGCGACGAUUGGCGCUUGGCGAGGAAGCGCAGCGACUCGGAAUACCAUUUGCUGCCCAAGCUGCAAGCGAACGCGACGCUUUCGUACAGCAUCAAGCCCGAAUAUCGCCAAUUGCCACGAACGAAGCUCAACGUGCACAUCUCGAACGUGAAGUUCAACUUGUCGGAAAGUAAAUUGCGGCUGAUGGCGUACUUCUUGAAUAAGUUGCUACUAUUAUACCAAGACAAUGUCGAGAAAUACAAAGUCGUCCUGAACGGCUCUGCUGUCGAGCGGAAAUCGAACAUGGCUUUUAUCUCGGCGAAAGAACUGAUAAGAGUGCAGUCCAGUAUAUGUCUGCCGUCCGUUACAAUGAUGCACAGUGAUUUUAAAUCUGUCGUCAAAGAAGUCACGACCGUGCCGAAGUGUGUGCCGAAGCUUGACAGGAGUGUUGUCUCGUCGGAAGUCAGCGAGGAGGACCUGGAACUAUUGUCUAAGACGAUCAACUUGUCCGGAUUUGAUGACAAUAUAUCACCGUGCAAUCACAUUAAUUUGUUACUACGCUUCGCUAUAGGAGAGUUUUCCAUCAACCUGGAGCAUACGGUGGAUAAUCGAGAGCAGCCUUACUUGAACCUGAGACUGCACACCUUGUACUAUGAGACAGCGAUGAUGGAGUACGGCGUCGCUGUUCAAUUCGGCAUCGGGUCCAUUCUUCUGGUCGAUAAGACGAACGCUGGCGUCACCGGGUCGUACUUGGAAUUGAUAUCUACCGAUCAGGCUUACGAGGUUUUCGUUGUAUCAUACCGUAAGGUCAAAUCGAAUUGCCCCGACUUCAAGUCGCACUUCAAGAAUAUCGAACGCUCGCUGAUUGUGAAUCUGCUGAAUAUCAAUGUAAACUUCCAUAGAUCCGCUUUAUUGAAGAUGAGAGACUAUUGGCACAGAUUUCAGACUAUUUGCCAUGGUACGAUUUUAUUUAAGUUCGCCGAGAAAGUGUGCAGCAAUAUUAUGAAACGGGAACAAAAGGGCGACGACCCGCCUAUCCCUCCAGGUGCCAUCAAACUGAAUUAUUCCACCAGGCUUAGCUCGCUGGUUCUGCGAUUCUGUGAUAAGGACAUAGAUCUGAUGGAGAUCAAGAUUGCGGGUCUAGAGAACGAUUGCAUCUACAAUGCGAACGAAAGAAUGGUGUUGCGCGUACAUCUUCGGAGCAUAUUCGCUGAAGAUUUGAACGACGACACGCUUUACUCCAAAAUUUUGACAACCGACGAGGAUAAGGUUUUCGACCUGAAAUAUGUAAGGCACAUGCCAAGGUUGUACAAGUGCCCAGAUAUCGAUACAAAUCAGGAUGAUGUGAUGUCAGACGGCACUUUCAAGCUUUCCAUUGGACGAAUAAAUUGCGUAAUCAUUUCUAAAAUUCUAUAUGAUUUACAGAAUUUCAUAACGCCAUUCACUUCUGUGUACUACACGCGUUUCUUGAACUAUCUGAGAGACAAAUUCGUCGGGGGCAUUCAGGUGUUUAAGAGAAGCGCGACGAAAUUGCACAUUUUUAUUGAUAUACAAGGACCUACAUUCUUGCUACCUCAGAAGAAGGACGCUCCGAGUCUCUUGGUCUUCGACACAGGUGUACUAUCGGUUGAGAACUUCUUCAAGAAGAGCGGUCAAUCGGCACAAUCAAAUAAAGCGUCCGUCAGCGACGUCAAUCAACUAAUAAUCGACAAUAUUCUGGUGAAACUGAAAUCCAUGACUAUAUCUAGAGCAAUUAUGACUCUCACUCGAGACUUGGAGGUUCAGGAACCUAUUAUCGAACCUAUUCAAAUCCAGUUUGACAUCAAGAGGAAAACGGAGUAUCGUAGCAUCAUCGAGCUUCAAGCCUAUGGCUUGUUUAAUGUGCAGGGAGCGAUCGAUAUCGUGAAUAUAAACUUGAGCCAGAGAGAUCUCAAGUCUCUCAUGUCAGUGUGGCAGGAUAAUAUCUCCAAGAUUCUCUUGCUUAAGAAAGCUGGCGAGAACGAAGAUCGAACGUCAACGCUAAGCUGUCAAAAGAACGUCAAGCACGACGACGCUAUGGUGAAGAAGUUGGAGGACUUUUUAGCUCAUAACGAGACAGCCUUGUGCGAGGUGAAUGUAAAGCUCACGUUGGAAGGAUUACAACUGAACUUGUUCUUAGACACGGAAGAGGUAUUAAGUUCUCCCGUACGCGACUUGAAUCACGGGCUAUGCAAACUGAGCUUCGGUGAAACAAUAAAUACCUGGGACUUUUACAGUGACAAGAGCUUGAAAAUGAAGUUAUCUUUGCAAAAUUGCUUGUUGCAAGAUACUCGCAAAGAGUCCGUUAGCGAGAGAAAAAUAAUACAGUCGCCGGCGAUAUCCUUAGAGAAGAAUUUAGAAUCCUGUAUCUCUGUAUCGAUGUCUCCUAUAGUCGAUGUCACGUAUAGUCGUACUCAAGCGGAGGAGAAGUGUCUCGAUGUUCUCAUUCAAGAUGUACGAAUUAAUUUAUCCGUUCCUUUCCUGAUGCAUUUGGGCCGGUAUUUCUUGGAUUCCUUGCCUGGCGAGCAGAUCGAGAAAGGAAUCAUCAAUCAUGGAUACGAUAAUAAUAAUCAGACUAACCGGAAUGCUUUGAACGCAGAAACCGACAAAUUAAAUCGUUCACAGUAUUUUAAGGAGCAACCAGGUACGUCCGUGUCUAUUAGGAUACAGAAGCCAGAUAUCUUUCUAUUUGGCGAUUUAGAGAAAAGCAACACCCACGUAAUACGCAUGCAAGCGGAGGUGUUUAUCGAGAGUAGCAGGCACAGUUGUUCCUCGUCGAUAGUCUGCACUCUGACCAAUGUCAAUGCCAAAACUAAAGGGCAGGGGAAUUACGAGUCCCCAUGUUGGUUGUUACGUCCCUGUGAUAUAGAAAUCUGUAAGAAGAAAGAAUUAUCGAGCGGUAAUGAGGAGAUUACCGUCGCUAUAAAUAGUAUUAAUAUACACCUAUCAGCGGAAGUAGUGCACACUUUUGUGGAUAUAUUGAACGAAGCGUCGAUUUUUCUAAACAGCAUUAGUUUGAAAGCGGAUGACGGUAGCAACAAUCAAAAUACAAACAUGCACAAUAAUCUUUGGACACCGAGGAAAGUUUCUAGCAUACCAUAUAAGAAAACCGACGAAGGCGAUUCAGAACUGUUUUGUCGUCGCCAUGAUCAUGUAAUAUUCAACCUGAAACCCGUGUUGGUGUGUUUGUUGCUGGAGAUGGAAUACUCAAUAGGAAGAUUUCCGGUAAUGAGAAUGGAAGCCAUCAUUACAACUACCGUCAACGACUGGCACAACAGUUUUCAUCUCGAGUCCAAUGUGAAGCUCCACGCGUUCUGCUACAAUAGAGCACAUCAGUCUUGGGAACCGCUUGUGGAAUUUUGCACAAAUGACGACGUGAACUACAAGCCGUGGGAGUUCACCAUUAAAACGUAUCAAGCUGAGGCGAAUAUGAUCAAUUCUAAUUGGAUAGAUCCUUACCAUCACAUAAAGCAAGAUCCAAUGAAAGUAAAAAAGAGGGAUAUGAGACAUAAUGGGCAAGAUGUUAUGGACAUGGUCUUUAUCGGACCUGACGUGGAUGCGAUUUCGUCCACGAGGAAUGCAGAGCCUGAGACUUACGUUACAUGCGAGGACGAAUCCGAUACAGACGACGAUGAGAGCGACAAGAAGCUAGCGAGGAUCUCGAAUUAUUUAUUCAAUAGUAACAGCAGCGACGAAGAAGAAAGCGACUCGGACGACUCGAGCACAAACGAGGACGAGGGAUUGGACUUUGUGCUGGAUUGUAACGCUGAGUCUUGUCACCCCGCUGCGCCAGCGAAGAUGAAUCUCUCUGCGCCGCAUAUUAUUCUGUAUACAGAGGAGAAGAUUAACAUCACUGUCACGCAGAACAUGAUCGAAACAUGGAACGCAAUCAUGAGCGCGUUCGUGCAGGCCAAGGGUGGACUCCCUUUUGUGCCCACUAACACACGGGGAUUGACUGUGUUGAACGAUAUCGGUCAUGCCAGCCGAAUAGAACUGCUUGUUCAAGAACAGGUUGAUGGGAACAGUGUUAUACGCGUCAUCGCUACGCAUAACUUCCACGAUGGCAGCUCGCCGAUCAGCGUACCCAGCAGCCCAGAAAAUGAAACGCAGACUGAUUUCACGAGUCCUCAGUGGGUCGGCAAGGAUAUCCAUCUUGUUAUGCCAGAAUGCAAAGCUUUUCCCAUAGACUCGCCGGUCCACAUCUACAAAUCGAUAACCGGUGAACUUCUUCGCGUCGUUUUCGAAGGUUUCGAGGAAGUGUUGGUGUACUGCCCGAAGAAAGAAACGCGUAAUCUCGUAUCGCUUCGCCCUGUAAAACAUGAAGUUCGUUAUUACUUGGUGAUAGAAGCGUCGAUAAACAGCUAUCUGCACCGUACAAUUUGCGUGCGAUCUCCACUGCAGUUUCGAAACGAAACGUCGUACGCGCUGGGCCUCUAUUAUAAGAAAGCGGUAGUAGACAAGUUGGGUCUGAUACCAGCUGGCGAGACCACAAAUCCCUUCGACGAUAACGUGAGAAUGGCGAUCAUUGAACCCGACUCGACUUACAAUAUUCCUCUGUACAUCGCUUAUCAUUGUUCGAUAUACGUCCUCCCUGCGUAUCUAGAGAAAUAUCAAGUUAGCGAUGAUGGGAUUUACUGGAAAGACUUGAGGGGUACAACAAAUGCAUUUAAAGACGUAUGCUGCGAAACGAAAGACGACAUUAAUAGUAAUGUAUUCUGUGUCAGGGCGAUAUGCACGGAAGUCCCAUUAACGACCCGACCCUCCGGUUGUCAAGUGCCGAAUUACUUGAUAAAUAUCAUACCACCCGUUAUUUUUAAUAACCAGCUACCCUUCGUCAUCGAUGUCAGUAUACCUAGCAUUAAUUACGAAGUGAAAAUCGAACCCGGGGAGAAAAUCAAUAUGCACUCACUCAAUUGUAACAGUAAUGUGCAGUUUGUCUUCAAGAUACACAACUAUUUAGGCACAUCGUGGAUCGGCACGGUUAAACUGAAUAUGAAUCUGGAACGAAAGUUUGUACUAAUGUCUACAGACAACGAGUCGGAUCUCACGAAGCCCUUCUUGCUGUGCAUAGAACUGUGCAAGAUGCUCAGCUGGAACAUCAUUGUACAGUCGCAAUACUGGAUAAUUAACAAGUCUGGUUUACCGCUGUUUAUUCAGGAGUGUCACACUCAUACAACUUACGAGAUGCCGGAAGAAGAGCUGAUGGUGUUCUCUCAGAAGAACAAUAAAAAAAACACAGUGCGAUUAAGGGCGCAUCAGUCCGAGUGGUCGAUGCCGUUCGGACUGGACGGGAUCACGUCGAUGUCCUUGGUCGUAUGUCGAGAUAUCGAGCGCGGAAGAAAGUAUCAGAUCUUAACGGAGGUGGAAAGCUCUCGUUUGUCGCCGUUCUUCACAAAGAUCAUCACGUUUCUCCCGUACUUCCUCAUCUGCAAUAAAACCAAGAGGGCCCUGAGGUUCAUGGAGGAGAAUGAAGAGGCUGAUCUGUGGAACGAUCUCUUGCCCGCUCAGGAAAUGUCCUUCUGGCCCGUCACCGAGUCCAUGAAGAUGAGAAUCAAGUGGAGGAACAGUCAAUUGGUCUCGCAGCACUUCGACAUCACGCAUGCCGGCAAGACCGUGCUCAGAAUGGACAACGGGUCAGCAUUGUGUGUGGAGAUCGAGGGCGGCAUCAAUACUCCAUAUCGCAUCAUGUUCCGAAAGUAUAACACCGCCGACAUACCCGUGAGAGUGGACAAUCUCUGCGACAAGCUGUUCCUGAAGCUGAACCAAGUCAACUUGGGCCAGGUCGCCUUGCUGAAACCGUUCCAAAGCCUGCUGUACACUUGGGACGACCCUACGCAGACCAGGGAAUUGAUCUGGAACGUUUACAAUAACAACGCGAUCGGCUAUAGAGCAGAAUUCGAAACGGACGGCUGCGGGCACGAGAGGGUGUCGUUUCUAACUGUGGAACGGCGUAACAGCGCGUCCAUGCACUCCUCCAUCAAUACCAAGUCGCUGUCAAACGCGAGAUCGUGGUCGGAGGAUACGAGCGGAAGUACCACUCACCUUGCUAACACGGAAUCCGAAUCGAAAGCACAAACGUUGGAGAAUAUGCGACAAGACGAAGCGGAGGUUUACUGGGUGAGCUACAUGGAGAGCGAGCAACGUGUGUUGCUGUUCACGCAGCACGAGAGCGUGUUCCUGAAAGCGAAGAGCAUUAUCGAUCCUGAAACCAGCAAGAGAGAGAUGUACUUGUCGAUCGCAGCGAUCGGAAUCAGCAUUGUCGUGCAAGAGUCCAGCGUCAGUCUCCACAGUUCUAGACGGGAAUUGCUGUAUGCUAGUAUGAUCGAUUCGUCGGCGCACUGGGAGCUUUACUUUAGCAAACGGUGGAAGAGCCUGUCGUUGGAGCUAAGCGCUUGGCUGGAAAACAAAUACAUGAGUUCCGCGAAGGGAGCUCAGCUGGAAAACUUAAUCGACGUUGACUUCACGAAGAUGCAGAUGACUAAACCGUUUUUCGGAAAGCUACGAAGAACGUAUUCGCCAGGUAUUUGGCUGCAUCGUAGGGAAUCCACGACACUCUGUUACCUCCAGGGAUACGUUCACAGGAUACAGAUCGAUAAUCAACUAAGCGAGGCUACCUUUCCGGUGGUUUUAUAUCCCAGCUUACAGAAGGGUUUCGUAAAUUACGCCGGUGGUCGUAGAUUGAAGCACUGCUUGGAGUUCUCAUACCUGAAGCAACGCAAACUGAGGAAUACUAUUUACAAAGGGAUAUGCGUGAUCGUCAGAGAGUUCAAUUUGAAUCUGGAAGAGACGUUCCUCUACUCCCUCAUCAAUCUGAUACCCAAGAUACCGGAGACCAAGCACUCGAUCGCUGCUAAACUCAGGAGAGACGUCUCCAAUAUGCGCGUGCCUUCACUUCACAAAAUCAGUAAUAACACCAACGGCAAGAGGAAAGAUCUGAUAGAGCAGAUAUACGUUUCCCCGAUGGUGUUGCGCUUGAAGUUACUGGCUAACACGGAAGGAAGCAACGCGCGCAAUUUCGACGACGUAGCGGACUAUCACAACAUCGUGCAGUUCGUCUUCGAGUACGCGGAGAAGGGCGUCUUCGAGAGGGACGUUAAGUUCAGAUUGCCCGGCUAUCGAAGAAGUUUCAUUGUCGUCGACAAUAAGCAAUUCCUCUCGCAUCUUUCGCGCACUUAUAUGGCGCAGAUCAUGGAACAGUUUCACGUACUGGUGCGCCUGACGACUGUCUUGGGGAAUCAGUACGGCUACAACUUCAAGUUGCCGGGCGGUGGCUUCUACGAGCCGGAUUUGCUACUGCUCUACGGUGACGAGACUGCGGAGAGAUUAGCGCACGAUGUCGCGUGUGAGUUAGGCUAUGUUACGCACGACGGCAUGCAGGUCUUUAACAGCCACGACACUCCCGCGACUCUUCAUCCCAAGGUGAAAGAUGCGAGUUACCCGAAUCCGGAUGUACCGCCGUUGGCGUUUUCAAUCGAUCACUCGUUCCUCACGGAGAUCGACCUGGAGGUCUCCGGCUUGAUCACAGCGUCGACGAACAGCAUUCACCGAGAAGAGUUAAGGUAUUUCCUCAAAACACUGGGCAAGAAAACGUCCGUGUUUUUCAAGGCAGAAAGUUCUUGUUUAAAAAGUCAUUCGAAAGUAGUAGCAGAUAUAAUGAAAAGGGCGCAAGAGAUGGGGCAUGGUUUCGUAUCCCGAGUGCGACUACCGCGGUACAUCAACCCGCACUUCGGCGUGGAGCUGUUCUCGACGCACAAAGCCAAGGGAGCGUACUUGUUGAACGCUAUAAGCAAAGGUCAUUGCGCUCAGAACGAUUUUUACUGGGGCCACGCUUCGCUCCACAACGACGGAAAGUACAUCACCCUCGUGUCUUUGCAACGGAUACACUACGUCGAGAAAGGAAGCGCCUGGGGAUCGUGGAAUGUGAAGUGGACUCUGGAAACCAAUCAGUUGCUGUCGCCGCCAACUGUCGCUAAAAAUAAGCUUAUUUUGCACGUAACGAAGAACGAAAAGGAGGCAUCAUCGUCUAUGGUGGAUUGGUAUGUGGAGAGCGAGGCCGCGGAUAUUUUGGAGUGGCUGUGUCGCAAAAUGAACAGCGCGAUGAUCCUGAACAUGGAGAGCAGCAUUUAUUCCAAAUGAGAAUCCCCCGUAACGUGCUACGAGAAGGACGAAGAAAAAGUAAAGAAAAAAAAAAA